CUCUCGUGUUCUUUCUCUCUCUUUCUUUCUCUUUUUCCAUUCCCUCAUAGCUUCUGCAAACAGUUCUAUCCCACAAGCUUCCAAACAAAGAGAAUUAAUGGAAAGUGAGAUUUGCAAGAUAGAAUUAUUUAGUUCCCUUUGUUGUGGCUGCUGCAGCACCUGCUUCUGAGAAUUAUUAUUAUUUGCAUAGUUGAUGGCUUUCUUGUUACUAUUAACUCUCUUCCUUAUUGAUCAUGAUAUCGAUGAUGGAAAACCACUAUGCAAUUCCUACUCCAAAACCUUUUUCACAAUAUAAACCCCAGAUUCCAAACCGUUUCUCCUCUUCUUCUCAAUCUUCUUAUGGCUUGUGUUGAGAUCAGACACGUGUCCAGCUACUACAUCAUCAUCGGGUUUGGUUUGGUUUGUGGGGUGAGUCCAAUAUGACCAUGGUUCCUUCUCAAAACGGGAAACAAAAUAGGAGUAGUGGUGGUGGUGAUUAUGUUAUUUACGGUAACACAACAACGAGUGGUGCUAUGAACCAAGUUGAAGUUGAAGGAGGCUACAAUUGCUUACUAGGAUCUGAUUUUGUGGUGAGGAGGCACAUGAUGGCUGAGCCUGAAGAAUCAUCGAGACACAACACCACCACUAACGAGGAAGCUGAAGCUGAAGCUGGUGGUUCAACCUCAAAGGAAGAAGAAGAAAAAGGAGCAAAUUUAAACAACAAUAACAGCAACAACAACAACAAUAACUGGCUUCAAUUAAGCAUAGGUUUGACAAGCACAAAGCAACAAGACCGUGAUCGAACCGAUCCAACAACAACAACAACCGGUUCAGGGCUUGUGGAGUUGGACUUGCUUCCUUCGCGGCGGAGCACGGAGAUUCCGGCGGCGGUUUUUCCGGUGGUGGCAUCAGGAAGAGGAGGAGGAGGGUCUAGUUUUGGUGUUUCUUCUUCUUUGUUUUUUGAGCAUCAAACGACGUCGUGUUCUUCCAUGUCCAUGUCUACGGCAAGUGGUCCAAUUUCCUCAACCUUUGGCCAUCAAGAGAUGAACUGGGCUUUUGGUCCACUAUUUCCUCAUAAUUCUAUGCCUAUUAUGCCCUCUUCCUCUUUCACUCUUCCUCCUCCUUCUUCUUCUUCCUCCUCAUCACAGUCUUGUUACUCCUCUUUGAGGCCUCCCUUAGGGUCUUACUUUCCAACACCCUUUCAUCCCUUUCCUUCUUCUUCUGGAUUUGAUCAAUAUGACGUGGCUGGGGCUGGACCAAGCUCUGAUGUCACAGUUCGAGUUGUUGAUCCUCCUAGAAGACCUCAUUCCGGAAUAUGGUUCAUGUUACAAGCUUCUCAAAAUCAGGCGAAAGAACCAUUCUUGCCUCAAAUACCUAAGAACUACCUUAGAAUUAAAGACGGAAGGAUGACAGUUCGGUUGCUAUUGAAGUAUCUGGUUAGCAAACUCAGACUGGAAAGCGAAUCAGAGAUAGAGAUAACAUGCAGAGGGCAACAACUUUUACCUUUCUUGACGUUGCAGCAUGUGAGGGAUAACAUUUGGACUCCGAGGGACACCACACGACCUUUGCUUUCAGAUUCCUCAACCACAGAUCAUGUCAUGGUGCUCCAUUACGGUAGAAUAAGCACUUCUUAAAAGGACUUCCCACAAGUUAUUAUAACCUAAAUGUGCCUCACAUCAUGCAUGGUCUUAAUUGUACCCUUGUUAACUUAUCUAAACCCUUUUCUUUUUUCUUUUUUUGCUUAAUUAGUUUUUUUCUCUUCCAAUUUUUCUAUUCUAAUGGGUUUUGAUUAUUAUUUAUUUUGUUUUUUUCUUCCCCUUUUAUAUUUCUUUAAUUGACAUGGAGAUUAUGGAGAAUCACAUGGACUAUCCCCUCAAAAGUGUUUAUUCCAUUAGGGUUUUGGGUGGGUAGCAUUACCGAAAUUGUACUCCCAUGUUGAGAGCGGGGUGGGUGAGGAAUUGCCAUCAACUGUAUUAUCAAGCACAAAACUCAAUCUAAUUUGAUCCACUAACCCAUUUUCCCCUUUUUUGUUCUCAUUUAUAUGGUUUAUUUAUUCUCAAGCUAAAAGUAUAUAUACCAAUAUUAUGAGCAAUUCAUAUCAAUUA